AUGGCACCAAGUACGGCGGCUAAAAAGACGUCUUUGCCGAGUAGAGCAUUGAGUAAUGCUAUUGACGAGUACGACGUCGACGAUGAUCCGUUCGCCUCUGAGAACGAUGAAGCCCCGAACAACGGCAAGGCUAAUGCCAAUUCUAACGCACAAUCCAAGAAGAGGAAAGAUGACUCUGGUCUCGGAAUCGACGAGGAAGUAGCUGUAGCCAAGAAACCGAGAGUACCCAACGUCAAACUCGACGAAUCCCGGUUACUCUCGGAAAAGGGCAUACCAAGACUGCGAAGAAAGGCGCGCGACCUCAAGUUCAAGGGCAAGGGACACGAGUUCUCCGACACUGCCAGGCUCCUCUCCUUCUACCAACUCUGGCUCGACGACCUGUUCCCCAAAGCCAAGUUCCUCGACGCAGUGGCUAUGGCGGAGAAGAUGGGCCACAAGAAGUACAUGCGGAUCAAGAGACUCGAAUGGAUCGACGAAGGCAAGCCCAAACCAGCAGUACAUGCCGAUCAAGACGACCUCUUUGGCGAGGCGAACCAGACGGAAGAACGAGAGCUGGCCAGGUUUCCUGCGCGCGUUGCGCCAUUGUUCGCAGCUAGGGCAAGUCAACGACCCAUGACACCGGCUGGAGACGAUCCAUUCGCCGAUGAGGACAUAUAUGAUGCUACGCCGAGACGACCGACGACCACCAGACCUGCUACGAACUCGAUGUUUGGCAAUGGAGGGAGCGCAGAGCAUGGUGGAGAGCCUGAUGAGGACGACUUGGACGCAUUAAUGGCGGAGGAGGAGGCACAGCGAACAGCGCCAAAACCGUUUUUGGGAAAUGGCACGACAAGUCGAUUACGAGAUGAACCAGACGAGGACGACUUGGAUGCGUUGAUGGCCGAGGCCGAGGCCGAAAGACAACAACCACAGCUGCCAAAGCAGACCUCCAAGCCAAAUGCUUCGAAACAGGCACAACCUACACACGAAGAUUACGAUGACGACCUGGACGCGCUGAUGGCCGAGGAGGAGGCACAGCGUACAGCGCCGGCGGGCCAGCUCUCCGGGGGCGGCGAGAGGAGUCAGCAACCGCGGGAUGAGCCAGAUGAAGACGAUUUAGACGCAUUGAUGGCCAAGGCUGAGGCCGACGUGCAACCGAAGCAGGUUACCAAGAAGGCUCCAGAGCCCGCACGGCCGGCAGUGGAGGAUUACGACGAUGACUUGGAUGCACUGAUGGCAGAGGAAGAAGCGCAGCGAACAGGACAGAAUUAG